AGUUGUAACAUACAUACCUUCAUUUCAUGCUAUCACAUCGGGUAUUUUGACUCUGCAUUGAUCUUAUGGUUUUUAUAUUUAUCUGUAUUUUAUCAAAAAAAUGUGUCUGUGUCUGUCCCAUUGCAUUGCAUUGCAUUUGCAAGUUAGUAUUUUCGUUGUUCCGUGUUCGUAGUUAAAGAAUAAAAGUUCCAAACAAUACUUAUGAGUUUAAAUAAAAUUUCCUCGUCAUGAGUAUAAUUACAGUUUAUGGUGACCCCUGGACGUUUAUCUAUUCAGUGAUUCAUCUUUAGAUUAGUAUUAUGAUAAGUCGAUAUUAAUUCACUUUAUGUUUGUGAUUGUGUAUUACUCCGAUAAUGAUUGGUUAGGACUAAUGUGGUAUGGCACUUGUAACUAUUCGACGUACUCCGAGCGUGCAAACACCAAAGAAAACGGAUGAAGAAGAAAAAUCGUCUGAUGUUAGUGAAGAGGAUGUCGGAAAUCGUGCCAGCAAGAGUCUCAAUGAAUGCUACUUCGCAAAUAAAGGUGCCGCGUUGGUGUUGGGCAGCGCGGAGCAAGGGUGCGCCGACCAGCGGCGGUCACCUGUGCGAGCGCAUCCUCAGCCGGACAUUCAUCAUCACUUACAGUCCAUGUUUUAUUUGGUGCGCCCGGAGGAGACGCUCAAAAUGGCGGUGAAAUUGGAGAGCGCUCACCCGGGUCGAACGCGGUACUUGGUAGUGGUGUGUCGCGGUGACGAAGCAGCGUUGCUAGGGAUAGACUGCAAUGAGCGAACAACGGUCGGGCUUGUGCUGCGAGUCCUGGCAGACACUUCCAUUAAACUAGACGGAGAUGGAGGCUUUAGCGUUUGCGUUUGCAAUCAACAACAUAUAUUCAAACCGGUGUCUGUCCAAGCCAUGUGGUCGGCGCUGCAGACGCUGCACCGCGCCAGCGCGCGCGCCCGCUCGCUGAACCACUUCGCGGGCGGCGCGUCGCACGCCUGGUGCGCGCACUACGAGCGCCGCGUCGACUCCGACCGCUCCUGCCUCAACGAGUGGCACGCCAUGGACUGCAUCGAGUCGCGCCGCCCGCCCUCGCCCGACUCGCUCCGACUCAAGCCACGCGAAAGAGACGAAACAGAACGCGUGAUCAGGUGUACGCUAAAAGAAAUAAUGAUGAGCGUAGACCUUGAUGAAGUGACGAGCAAAGCUAUCCGCGGCCGCCUCGAAGACGAGCUCGACAUGGAUCUAGCCGAAUUCAAGCCAUUCAUUGACCAAGAAAUGCUUACUAUAUUAGGUCAAAUGGAUGCGCCCACAGAAAUAUUUGACCAUGUAUAUCUUGGAUCGGAGUGGAACGCAAGUAACUUAGAGGAACUGCAAAGAAACGGGGUGAGGCAUAUACUCAAUGUGACUCGAGAAAUCGAUAACUUUUUUCCUGGCAUGUUUGAUUAUCUAAAUAUAAGAGUUUAUGAUGACGAAAAGACUGAUCUACUUAAACAUUGGGAUAAUACUUUUAAGUACAUAAACAAAGCGAGAAACGAGGGCUCCAAGGUCCUCGUUCAUUGUAAAAUGGGAAUCAGUAGGUCCGCUUCCGUCGUUAUCGCUUACGCAAUGAAAGCGUUCAAUUGGAAUUUCGACAAGGCUCUCAAACACGUAAAAACGAAAAGAAGCUGUAUCAAACCCAACACGAACUUUCUUAAUCAACUCGAGACAUAUCAAGGUAUACUCGAUGCUAUGAAAAAUAAAGAAAAGUUACAAAGGUCAAAGUCAGAGACUAAUCUCAAAACGCCGAAGUCGGCGUCGAAAAUGGAAAGUAAAAUAAUGGAUCCGACGCCCCUGGCGCUGGCGCUGACGGGCUCGUACAGUGGCCGGCCGCGCUCCUGGUCGCCCGACACCAAGCUGGCGAGCGAGCUGCUGCCGCCCACCUCCGUGUCGCUGGAGAACCUGGCCUCCGAGACGCGCCACAUGCUCAUGCCCUGCGCCAGCGGCAGCUACAGCGUGUCGCCCAACCAGAUCAUUCGCCUCAAGGAGGAGGGCGCGCUCUCCGUCAAGCACAUCGUUAAUGAAAUCGAGAGUGCGGCGUCCGGGGAGCGACGAGAGCACUUUAGGCGAUAUCAGAGAUUAAAUUUUGGAAACUCCUGCGAUAUCACCUGCAGUAGAACGUCGGAAAUUGCCAUCAGUGCGACGACCGACACGUAUGGGAAAGAGUCUCUCGAGUCGCUUCAGCGAAAUUCAGUUCAAAAAUUUCCUCAGAACGAUUUAGAAGUGGACAAAAAUCACACGUGGGACCCCGGGGAGUCGCCGUGGCUCCGGGGCGAAGACGUCAGAAACGCCGUGGACGGUGAUAAUAUAGUUAAAAGUGAUAGUGGUAUAGUGGACGUUAAAAUAAAAGCGAGUGACGCUAUGUACAAUUCGUUAGAACGUAAUAUAGAGUCCGAGGAGAGAAAGGGCAUCGACGACGAGGCGCCGCCGCCGAGCAGGCAGAGCUCGUGGAGCUCGUUCGACAGCGCCGUGGUGGCCGACCUGUCGCGCCAGCCCUCGUGGGGCUCCUACGACACGCGCGCCGCGCCCGCCGACCUCGCCGUCAUCCGCGAGCGCCCCGCCGCCCACCUCGCCGCCAACGAGCGCAAGUUCAACGAGACCAUGCUGGAGCUGGCCGCGGCCGCGCGCGACCGCGGCGCCUGCACGUGGGGCGGCCGCCUGUCCGCCUCCGCGCCCGCCGACACUUGGCUGCGCGCCGGGCCGCGCCGCCGCCGCCUGGCCGCCGCCUCGCACGGCGACCUGCCGCGCGCCGCGCCCGCGCCGCCGCCCCCGCCCGUCGGCCUCGUGAGCAAUCUCAAGAAGGAGUUCGAGGCCCGUUCCGAGCCCGAGCCACUGCGCCGGUCCUCGUCGCGCGCGCGCCCCUCCGCCUCUCCCCCCGCGCAGGCGGCUCAGCCCGCCGAGGAUCUGUCCGUGCGGGUGCUCGUGGAUCGCUACGACCAGCCGGGUCGCACGCGAUCCGAGUCAGGCGGUGAAGCCGGCCGGGUCAAGGUUUCCCACGAGUCCGUUUCGAAGAAAUGCAAACUGACAUCAGAUGGCGAGACGCGGACGCGCUCACGCACUUCGCAGUGCGCGGGGGGCGGGGCGGGUGGCUUAGCCGGGGCGGGCGGGGUGUCAGGGGCGGGUGCCAGCGAGCGGCCGCCGGUCGCGCCCACGGUGGUGGCGCUCGCGCCCCUGGAUUACUCUAACGUGGUAGUUUCAACUGUGAUGUCGAAAGCUCAAAAUAAAAACAAUUGCAGCAUGGGAAGACCCAUCCCUUGACGAGGCUCAAUUUGAACCGGUCGAAUAAUAGAUGUUCGAAUCCUGUGUAUAAUACUAUGUAGUAGUUAUUAUGUUUUAUUUAUUAUGAAUUCUUGCCAAACUGGAUAUUUUAUCUUUCUAGAGUUUUAUAUACUAUUUACAAAAUGAGAUCACAGUGUAUUUGUCUAUCACGUAAAAUUGUAUUAAACGGCUGUUUGUGAGUAGAGAAUGUUAAAAAGAAAAUAAAUUCGAUACAACGGAUAUACAACUUUUAAA